AUGGUAAUGGUAGACAAGAAGAUUGUCCGAACAGAAAUAGGUGUUCUUCUUCGACUUUCACAUCCAAAUAUUUAUAUGCAUACACUGAAGAGGGAGAAGAUGGACAAUUCCUUACUUUGUUGCCUUUCUCAGAUAAAACUGAAGGAGAUAUUUGAAACCCCCACAGAAAUCAGCCUUGUCUUAGAACUGGUAACAGGAGGAGAGCUGUUUGACAGAAUUGUGGAAAAAGGAUAUUACAGUGAACGAGAUGCUGCUGAUGCUGUGAAACAAAUCCUGGAGGCAGUUGCUUAUUUACAUGCCAAUGGAAUUGUUCACCGAGAUUUGAAACCAGAAAAUUUAUUGUAUGCAACACCAGCUCCAGAUGCACCUUUAAAAAUAGCUGAUUUUGGACUUUCCAAGAUAGUUGCAGAUCAGGUUACCAUGAAAACAGUCUGUGGAACUCCAGGGUAUUGUGCACCAGAAAUUCUACGAGGGUGUGCCUAUGGCUCAGAAGUAGACAUGUGGUCCAUAGGAAUAAUCACCUAUAUCCUACUUUGUGGCUUUGAACCAUUCUACGAUGAAAGAGGAGAUCAAUACAUGUUCAAGAGGAUUCUGAACUGUGAAUAUGAUUUUGUUUCUCCCUGGUGGGAUGAUGUAUCUCUGAAUGCCAAGGAUUUGGUUAGGAAGCUAAUUGUGCUUGACCCCAAGAAACGCCUUACCACUUUCCAAGCUUUACAGCAUCCUUGGGUCACAGGAAAGGCAGCCAAUUUUGUUCAUAUGGAUACAGCUCAAAAGAAACUCCAAGAAUUCAAUGCUCGGCGUAAACUGAAGGCUGCAGUGAAAGCUGUUGUUGCAUCAACUCGUCUUGGAAGUGCAAGCUGCCACAGCACCCAUGACAGCAAUAAGCCUAGUGAAAGCCAGCUUGUAAGCCCAGGAGAUGAUACAGAAGAAAAAGAGACAGCAGUAAGCUACAUAACUCAGGAAAUGGACAUUCAGGACCAAGGAUUUGAAGGAGGAGAGCUGUAGAUCUUGCAGUGUCUUCUUUCAGCAAAGACCUCCCAUUUCAUGCACCAGCCAAUUGCCAUUCAACAAGAAUGAAUUAUGGAUGGCUUUGCUUUCAGUUGUAAAGUCCAACUGUAGCUGGUGACCUGAACUUUAAUGCAUGUGAUUGCUUCUGAAAAACAGUAAAGUCUUUUAUUGGCAUGCCAUGGAUAAAGUGAUGUUUACAGUAAUGCCAACAGGUGAAAUGGAGAAUAGGAAGUAUAUGCACAUCUUAUAAGCAACACAAAUAUAUAAUGCAGAAUGUUUAUAGGAUAAUAUAUAAAAUGCAGGAUGGUUAUUGCUUACACAAAAAAGGCACUCUCUAGCAAUCAUGACAUUUUUCCAAUAUGCUUCCUUUCAAAUUUGUAAUAAUCCAGUAGACUGAUAGGCACAAGGAUCCACCAAGUGUUUUUUAAAAAGCUUAUGAAAGGGUUUCAUUUAUUUGUGAUAACUUAAAAACUAUGAUGGACAACUUAGAGAUUUAUAUGCAAAAACAUUCUGUAUGUUCCUUUGAAAAAUUGAGAAGUUCAUUGGGAUGGCUAAAUGAUCCUGAUGCUGAUGUUAAGAAUGCCUUACCUCUGUUGGUAACCAUUUCUAUAUUGUAUUUUGAUUUAUAACUCAUCUGUCAUUUUAGUAUUAAAUAUUCCCUUGGCAGAACCAUAUUCCAGUAAGAGUUGCAUACAACCCAAGGAGGUGAAGAUGGUGAAGAAAAUUUAGAAUUAGGCAUGAGUAUGAAAUUGUUUAUAGAAAAUUGGGAGUAUCAAUCUGGAAUUACAGACUUGCACUGCCAGAAAGAUGUAUGGUAUCCUGUUGGAGAGUACCCAACAUACUGUAGAAAUACUUGCACAGUAGAUAAUACAGGAACCUUCUGCA